AGUUAGUCAGAGUCCCCCACCACUCUAUAAUAUAUUUCGUCCGAGGGAAUUUCGCUAUACAGCCAAAACCCAGGAGGGAUUCACCAUUCUUCACCUAGCAGCAUGCGCACAAUAGCAGCGCGACUCACCCCUUAUCUAUGGAGGAGAAAGCCUAUAAAUUUACAGCCCCGGAAUUUUUCUACUUCCGGCUUUGAUGAACGGUCAAUAGAACAAGAAGCUGAAAAGAAAGUAGGGUGGCUCUUAAAGUUAAUUUUUGCUGGGACUGCUACAGUUAUUGGGUAUCAGAUUUUCCCAUACAUGGGAGACAAUUUGAUGCAGCAGUCUGUCUCACUUUUACAAGUCAAGGAUCCCUUAUUUAAAAGAAUGGGUGCAUCCAGAUUAGCUCGUUUUGCUGUAGAUGAUGAAAGAAGGAUGAAGAUAGUCGAAAUUGGUGGGACUCAACAUCUUCUGAACAUGUUAGAGGCUGCUAGAGAUGAUCGCACGAGGAAGGAAGCCUUGAAGGCUCUUUUUGCGAUAUCUAAAUCAGAUGAGGCUGCUAUGGUCUUACAUCAAGCUGGAGCGGCAUCAAUCAUCAGGUCGACCCCCGAGUCUCCUGAGGAUGCUGAAGUCGGGACAUACAAGUCAAAUUUGUUGAGUAGAUUUCAAGAUUUAUCACAUGAUAUAAGGUCUUGAGAUUCCUAUCAUUCUCUUAAAACUUGGCAAUAACGUUUUACAUAGAUGUUUUAUUAGAUCGCUUACCUAUAAGAAUUUUUUUUCCUGAACAAAAUUAAGAGAAUCCUUUCAUGGUUGUUACAUGUAAUUCGUGUUACAUGUCCUCUUCUAGAGAUCCGUGGUUAUGCCUCCACACCUUCUGAAGUAAAAGGUCCCUUGUUUAAUGGGAUCUUAAGCAUUGCUAGUGGCGGAAUUCUGCUAUGAUGGUGUAAACUCUUCAAGGGGCAUUAGGAUAGAAAAAUAAUCCGGAUAUCAUGCAAAGUUGCCAUAGCACACAAGAUCCUGUUUUGCCAGUGAAUGUUCAUGGUUCUAUGACAUGCGAAUAACGGACAAGCACUGAAGUUAUGUCCAUUUGGACCUUUUAGUUCCUAAAUAGAUUGAUGAAUUUCGAAUUGUAUUCAAGAGCUAAUCCAGCCCCUAAUUGACCUGAAUUAAGCUCAGCCAUCCUCACAAUCAAAGUUAGAAGAUGCACUUGGCAAGACUACACGGUUUGCCUUUCUCUUCAAUGUCAUUGUGCACAUGAUAACUUUAGCAAAAUUUGUGUGAUCUUGAUCUUAGCGAGAUUUAAAUGGCCGGAAUUCUGUACCACUGAGCAUGAAACAAAUGGGGGCCAUUAGAUUUGAUUUCAGAUGUCUGGACAAGUAUCAAUAGGACAUAUAUGCUUUGGAUUCUUUGUUCGACGGUCCAGCAAUGCAAAUGAGUAUUUGUCUAUAACCAUGUUAUCUGGUGCUCGAUCAAUUUGUUCCUUCAGUAAAUUUGGCUACAUGUCGUAGGGAGUGGGGAACAUACAUAUUCCUAGUGUCUUGUGAAAUAAUGAUUCAUAUUCAUUUCAAGAACCGGGACCUUAUGACCCAAAUAUUCCCGGAAAGGGUGAUCAAUCUUGUGUAUGAAACAAAAUUUUAAAAAGUUACACGCAUUUGUACAUGGGAGGAAGCAAUGGUCCUCACACUACAGCCUGUGUCAUCCAAGAUUGGGUAGGAAACUCCAAUGGUUCCUGCGAUGCCAAUAGUUAAUUUGUUAUACGAUCUCAAAAUAGUAUUCUGUUAGAAGAGUACAAAAAACCUAUAGCUGUAUAGAGUUUGUGGCUUAUAUGGGAUGCAAAGAUUAAAAUUAAGAGAUUUUGCGGGGAGAAUAUACCUGCACGUCCACCUAUUAAAAGGCUAUAAGCAACAGGGACAUUAUUCAAGUAUGUAUUAUACCAGAAGGCAGAGACUAGAGGAAGCAUUUUCUGGAAGGAAAAAAAAAAUUGCAUUCAACUAAUUUUCAAUGUUGAGGAAAGGUUGUUAUUAACUUAGCUCACUAGUUCAAAGAGACUCUUUUGUCAUGUGGUGUAUAUAGAAAUAGGCCCCCCACCAUUCCCGUACAUUCUCUCUUUAUCACUCAACUUUUGCAAUUUAAAUACAGAUUUGCUUUGUUUUA